AUUUUGUAGGAAAUAGCAAUGGGCAAUGGUUGCUGCUUUUCCAGUACACAAAGCCAAACACAGGAAGGCAAUGAAGUACAACUUGAUAAUAUUAAUAGGACACAAAGACAUACACCAGAAGACGUUGAUGUAAUAAUGGAAGAGAAACCUGGGGUUGACGAUUUACCAUUAUUUGUUGGCACGAUUGAUUUCGGAACAACCUUCAGUGGUUAUGCAUACAUGAGUAAGGAUGAGUUCCAAGGAAAGACAAAGCAUAUGGAGACAAGGGCAUGGCGUGUUGAUAGAUGGACGAGACACAAGGCUCCAACAUCAGUUCUGUUUGAUGAAUGGAAACAUUUCCACACUUUUGGAUAUGAAGCAGAAGAAUAUUUUCAUGAAUAUGUAAAAAGUGGAUCGUUAGACAAAUGGUAUUUCUUCCAAAAUUUUAAGUUGGAAAUAUCAAAACAGGUAGUAUUAGAUGAUACAUUCAUGUUGUAUGAUAUACGACGGAAAAAUAGAAUGCGGGCAGUUGAUGUUGUAAUGGAAAUUAUAAAAUAUCUCAAAGGAGACCUCCUAUCCAGCCUUAACCAGAGGCUUACUAAUUUUGAUGACAGUCUCAUACAAUGGGUUCUGACAGUUCCAGUUACUUGGAGCUUAACAGCUCGCAAUUUCAUGAGAAAAACGGCAUAUCUGGCUGGUAUUCCAAAACAUCAACUGAAACUUCUACCUGAAGCAGAAGCUGCUGCUUUUUAUUGUGGCCAGAAGGAACUUAAUAUACAGCAAAGCUCUGAUGGUGCAGCAUGUUUGUCAGAACUUCCUUCAAAUUAUACUUUUUUGGUAGCCGACCUUGGAGGGGGAACAAUUGAUAUAACUGUACACAAAAAAGGUCAUGGCAAGAUACAGAAAGCAAUGGGGUUAGAGUGGGGAAGCAAGAAAGUCAAUGAAUGUUUUGAGGAAUAUUGUUUAGGAAUAUUUGGAGCCGGUUUCACAGAUUUAAGGGUGAACGAUCCUGAUGAUUAUCUAUUCUUAAUGGAAAACUUCGAACAGGAAAAAUUACAAUUUACAACUGAAAAAUUGAACAAAGUCGAAAAGAUCAUGAUCAGGCUCCCUGCAUCUCUAUUAUACAAUAAAACCGAGAAGUUAGCGAUUCCAACAAAUGUAUUUCGAUCAUUUUAUGACAACUCCAUUGACGGAUUGAUACGAGCCUUGAACGAGUUAUUUCAGUAUGAAGAAAUAAAAAACCUAAAAACAAUUAUUGUUGUUGGGGGAUUCGCAGAGUCAUCGAUAAUAAUAAAUGAACUGAGGAGUAGAUUUAAAGGGCUUGAUAUAAUUGUCCCCGGUAAUCCUGGAUUGGCAGUAAUGCGUGGGGCUAUUUUAAAUGGUUUCAUUGAGAAUCCGAACACAAAUGUACCAAAGUCCCAGUCCGGAACGUUUGGCAGAAGAUCCUUCAGAAGAUCAUUGAGGAACCUUUCAUUUAGAAGAGCAGAAAAGUACACGUAUGAAAAUGACAGUACAGAUAAACAAGAACGAUUCCUGUCUGAAAUAUUCGGUAGCGAAAUUGUAAUGAUUAUGAAAACGGAGCUAGAACAAGAUUUUAUCAAAUUCUGUUUUGCAUUCCAAAAGAAAAUUAGAAAAUUCAAACACGGACAUAAUUUGCCAACAGAAGAACUAUUGUUUUCAGUUCCUUACGAAUGGCGCGAUCGGUUCUCAAAACUUUACAAAAAAAGCUUGGAGGAAAAAAUUCGGGAAUCGGAGUAUAAAGACUUUGUUUCAUGUAAAUAUGACAAGUUGAAAAUUAAAUGGCCGUUUUUUCAGAAAUACUUUUCAGUAUAGACAGGUAUAAGUACUGCUUUUAUGUCUAAAUCAUUAUUCAUAAUUAACUUUUUAAUCGCAGCCUAAUAUCGCUUCAAA